AUGAGCAAUCAAGUUUGCGCCAACACUUCUAAACAGAAAAUUAAAUCAGAAAAUCCUGAAGAACUUGAGCGAAUAAUAAAAGAAAAACGAGAAGCGCGAAGGUUGAAAAAACAAUUACAACAAGAAGAAACUCAAUCAGAUAAACCGCCAGUUGAGCUGAUUUUGAGACCAAUGGCUGAGAUUUCAUUAAAUGAUGCGAUCGAUCAUCAUAAUAAGCGGAAAUUUACUUUGAUGACUUAUAAUUUAUUAGCACAAUCUCUUUGUCGUCGCGAAUUGUUUCCAGAUUGUGGUGAUGCCAUCAGGUGGAAAAAUCGUAGAUCUGGGUUAAUUAAAGAGAUAUUAAAUUAUUCUCCGGAUGUUGCUUGUUUUCAAGAAAUGGACUCGUCAAAUCUUGUGGAUACUUUUAGACCUGAGUUUGAAAAGUCUGGCUACGAGAUGCUAUAUUUUCAAGGAUCUGCAAAGAAAAGACAUGGAUGUUGUAUAAUGUGGAAGAAAUCAAAAUUUACAAAAUUAAAAGAGCGUACUAUUGAAUAUGACCUGAUUGGUUGUCCAAGUACAAAAACAUUAUGUGUUGGGAUUGCAAUUGCAUUGGCCUUCAAAAACGAAGAAGAUAAUACGAUAGAGACGGAUAAUGUUAAAAAGAAUAAUGGAAUCAUAAUUGGAACCACGCAUUUAUAUUGGCGGCCGCAAUGUAUGUAUGAGCGUGGAAGACAAAUCUCAAUCUUAGCUGGGAAUUUAAUUGACAUGAAUAAAGAAUUUGGAUUUAAUAUAUUUUUCGCUGGUGAUCUAAACACUUUACCAACGGAUCCAACUUAUAAGCUAUUAGCACAUCCAAAUUGUGCAUUAACACCAGAAGAAAUCUCUUUAUUGGAAAAUUCAAUGAAAACAUUCAAUGAAUCUGAGGAUGAAGUUUUUCAUGAAGAAAGUAUACCGUCUUCGUCGUCUUCUAACCCGGACUCCACUACUAAUUCUAACGAGGGAAUUAAACAACUUCGUGUUUCUGAAUUAUUAUCACGAUUCGCAACAAUUCCAAAAUCUGUAUCGCUUUAUGCGAAAUAUUAUAAGGAGAUAGAACAAGGAAAUCCAGAGAUUUUUGGUGAGCCAAAGUUUACUUGCUAUGGUCAUUGGUUCAAAGGAACAUUGGAUUAUAUAUUUAUGAUGGAUUAUCAAGAGAAUUUAUUCAGAAAUAUUAAAAUAACGAAAAUUUUGAAAAUGCCGGAAGAGAAAGAUUUUUCCCCAGCAUUGCCAAAUCUUAGAUUCAAUUCUGAUCACUUGUGUUUAAUGGUUGAAUUGAUCAUAUUUUCAAGAUCGUCACCUUAUCUUAACCAAUUACUUUUUUCGCAAAGCUUAAAUUUUUCAACCACCUCACCCACGUUUCGUUUAAAACUUCCGGAUAAGAAACUACCCGGGAAAGUUCGCAUUCCUAAAGAUGCACACUUCAUGUCGGCUAAAGUUCAACAACUCGCGACAAAUGGGAAACUGGAAGAGGCAAUAAAUUUUGUAAUAGAUGCUCCAAAACACGCGGUAUCAGAAGUAGUUUGGAAUCAUUUAAUAGCAGAAUGCGUAAAAAUUGGAAAGGUUAAGAUGGGUUUUCGUUUAUUCACUGAGAUGAAGCGUAGAGGAUUUCCACCUAAUGAACAGACAUACACUAUCCUUCUGAAUGGUAUCGCAGAGAAACGCACUUUUGCCAACAAUAUAGCAUAUGCCAUUAACGUAAUUGAUAACAUGAGAACAAGUGCGCGUGAAAAUGCAAUUCGUCCAAAUGUUAUCCACGGAAACGCGUUACUUAAAGUGUGCAGCCGCUCACAGGAUUUUCAAUCUUUACGUGAAAAUUACGAUCGUUUAUUUGGUUCAGGCGAGUUAUAUCCAAAUACAGAUACUUUUACCAUAGUCUUUGGUUCUUGUGCUAGAAAUGGCGUCGAAGGAUUCAAGUUUGCAUCAGUUCUUUGGGAGGAACUAAUGGGAAUCCUAGAAAGACAGAGACAAAGAGAUGGGUAUACUGCAGGGAAAGUAGAGUAUGAGGGAAGAUUUGGAAUAUUGGGGAUGGAUGACCAGUUAGCCGCUUCUAUGUUGUUAUGUUGUAAAAAUGCUGGGGAAACAGAAAAAGGUUACGAGAUUAUAGAGGAAAUAUACGGAAUAAAAUUAUCUGGUUCUUCUUUAUAUGUGUCAAAACCUUCGCGAUAUGAUGUAGAGAUGACUUCAAAGUCACUUGAUGUUGCCCUGGGGUUAUGCUUUAAAGGGCGAGAUUGGUCAAAAGGAAUACAUCUUUUUGAUCAGGUACUGGCUAAAUAUCCAAGAAUAGAAUUGGACAUUUAUAACAUGAAUACUUUAAUCUCCUUAUAUAUUGAGGCAAGAAAUCUUAAAAGUGCCAUAAAUAUUUUCGAGACCAUUCGUGCACAAAAAAUUACGCCAGUCUUGCAGACAUACGAUUUACUGUUGACCGCUUGUAGGAUUGUUAACGACUGGGGAUCUGCCACAAAGAUAUUUGAAGAUAUGCUGCGAAUGAAAUUAAUGCCCGAUGCACAUAUAUUAAAUUUGAUGCUGGAAUUGGCCAACGGGAGGAAAUCCCGUGGAAUAAAUCAAAUAUGUUGGUUACUAGAAAGAAUCGAAGUUCUUGGAUUGAAUACAUCCAUGAAGAAAAAUUCUAAACUUCCGGUCAAGAUCGAAAAUGUAAAUUUUCUACAAGCAAUUAUCAAAGCGUAUUCAUUGGCUUUGGAAAGAGCUGAUGACGAACUGUUAGAUCAAAAGCUAGAGGCAUGGACCUUCCUUAAAAAUUUUUACGAAAAAAAAUUGGAAAAUCUACUGAAAAAGCAAGGUGAGAAGGAAGAAGUCGAACAAGGUAAACUUACAGAAAAAACUCGUCGCAGCAAGACAAGAAUAUUACGAUAA